CUUCAAGUCUAUGGACAGAACACUUUGCCCUCUGCAAUGAAGACUCAGGGCGAUUGCAGGCGCAUUGGUUUGCAGUACAAGCGUUGUUGGCUGCCUCAGGGGUGGAGGAUAUAAAGUCCUGUUGACGAGAAUUAUAGCGGCUGCGCUUGUUGGCAGCUAGACGCGUGAUCAACCAAGAGCCGAGGCCAAUUGUGAGCUUGGACUCCUCUUCUGAGGGACUUAACAUGCUGAUGGAGAAACAAAGUCGGAAUCCAUCUGCUGAAAGUCCAGGCGAAGCCAGUGAUCGAGUACCUCUUCCGAAGCGAUAGUUUCCAUAUGAGGCCUCCUUAGCAGCGUAUCAUCCUGCGGGCGCAUCGCAUCUCGGCACUCCUGAAAUUGAUUCCCCAAGCUUUCUGACGCUUUCUGACGGUGGGACAGAUGUAGUGCAAGUGGUCAAAGCAGAUUCGGCAGCCUUGCCGCAAUGGAUAUCUGGACCCAGGCGUUCGAGUUCCUGGUCAUCUCUGGGUCACUCGGGAUUCUCUUCUCCAUUGGGUGGUGGUUCCUUAAUAGCAAGCUGUACAUGGACUAUGAAGAGAAACACAUCUGGGUCCAGAUCCUGUUUGCGAGCACCUUUGCAUUCUCCACCAACCUGCUGCAGCUGGUGCUCUUUGAGAUACUCCCUGUGCUUGGAAAGGGGGCCCGUUGGUUGAAUUGGAAGAUCGACCUGGUCUGCUUGAUUGCUACCCUGGUUGUGGUGCUCCCAUAUUACAUCUUCCUGCGUGUACUCUGUACUCAAGGCAUGAAAUCGGAAAGGGCGGCGUUUGCUGCCCUGCUGUUCCUCUCUACCUUUCUCUAUGCUUUUUGGAGAAUGGGUGUCCACUUUCCCUUCUCAGACGAGAAGGGACAACGAGGUUUCUUCACGAUGGCGCAACUUGUGAGUCGAGUUGGAGUUAUUGGCGUGUCGCUGGUUGCCGUUCUGGCAGGCUACGGAGCUGUCAGCCUGCCAUAUAGCUACAUCUCAGUGUUUCUUAGGCAAAUUGAACCAGAGGAGAUCGAUGCGUUGAAGCAGCGCCUGGCGCAGACGUUGGAGCUCACGGUGGCUAAGAAGAAGAAGAUUGUGCUGGCCAGGAUGGAGAUGCAGAAGAUGCAGGGAUCGAGAGAAGACGCUCAAGGCCGGUCUUUUCUGACCCGGUUCGUGAGCACGGUGGUCCGGACGGGCCAGGAAGACGAGAAGGAGGAGAAGAUCCGGGGGAUGGAGGCGGAGGUGCGCACGCUGGAGGAGCUGUCGUCGCAGCUGUUCGUCGACCUCCACGAACUGCAACAAGCCAAGGACGCGAUGGCCUACUCACGGACGUUCCGAGGCCACCUCCGGAACCUACUCGGUUACGGCGCGUCCGUGUACUGCGUCUACAAGAUGUUCAAGUCGGGCCAGAGCAUGUUCGUGGAGGACGUACACACGACGGACCCCGUGACCAACAUGAUGCAGAUCAUCUUCCAGUUCCUUCACAUCAAAAUAAACGCGGCUGUGUGGGGACAGCACAUAUCCCUCCUAUUCAUCGGCCUUCUCAUCGGCAUCUCCAUGCGGAGCUUCCUGGCCAACGUGUUGAAAAUCUUUACGAAAAUAGCGGGGGGCGGCCCGAGUGGGUCGACGAGCAUCUUGGUACUUCUACUGACCGAGAUCAUGGGCAUGUACUUCGUGUCGUCCAUCCUCCUAAUUCGGCGGAGCUUGUCGGAGAAGUACAGAUCGAUCAUCACCGAGGUACUGGAGAUUGGGGGCGACAUCCAAUACAAUUUCUAUCACCGGUGGUUCGACGCUAUUUUCAUUGUCAGUGCCCUCCUUUCCAUACUUUUGGUUACUGCCCAACACACGGCCCAACAAGCGAGCAAACACCCAAUUGAUUAACCCUCUUCCAUUAGCUUGGGGGAGGUACAAUUUGAAACCCUUGUAUUAUAGAGCAUAUGUAAUCGUGCUUUUGUGGUCAUCUGUUUAGGCUAGGUUUAUUGAGGUGAAAAACGACGUCAAAAUGCCAUGCUUCUCAUAGAGUUGGGAUUUGGAUCCAGAAGGAGUAUGUGCAUAUGCACACACACAGAAUGAUCUGCGGGAUGUACAGUCGUCCAUGCAAGUGGUGCGAGCAC